CUAACUAUUGUUCUUCUUCUGCUUGUGUUUUCCUCUUUUCAUGAAUUCUUUCUCAGAACAUGAUGGAGAAACAACAAAAAACAAUUUCUCUUGCAUUUUUCAUUUUUCCUUGUAAUUUUUUGAUUCAUGUGUCCCAGAUUAUUAGAUUAUUUGCUGAAGCUUUUAGUUAGUUAGUUCCGUAAGUAGAAACGAACACGUUUUCCUUUGAUUAGUUUUCUGACUUUACCUGUUUGGUUUGUUUUUCUUUGCGGGAUCUAACCGCCGAAAAGGUUAAGUUUUAGGCACCAAACAUCCACUAUGUGAUGGCCUUAUUUCUAAUUUUGUAAUGUAUGCCCCAUGCUUCUGUUCUGUUCUGUUCUGGUUCUUACUUUGAUGACCUCAUAUUCACAAAAAGCAUUCAACUUUCUUGCAACAGAUAGAUAAACUUGACCUUUGCUUCUCUGGAUAGACAUAAAUAUGAUCUAACAUAUAAAUAUGAAUUAUAAAAAAAGAAGAAGCCAAUCAAUCAACCAUUUUGGGACUAUUGCAAUUUCUAUAACUAAUCAGUUAGCAUAUUUAUGUGCACUGAUCACCUGACAUUUCUUUUGAAUUUCCAUUUUCUGUAAUUUCAUUAAUUAGAUUUUUGCUCUGGUUUUGGUACCGUGUAGCCAAUUUGCCCUUUUUCACUCUCUUAUAUCUGCAUAAAAUUAUAUUCAUGUUAGCACAUAAAGAAAUGCAUUAUCCAAUUCCCCAGGUAGCGAAAACCUCAGAGGAGAUGGCAGAACAAACCUCAAACAACAAACAACAAUGGAAGAAGGCAAACCUAAACCUUUCCCUGGAAAUACCCAAAAGGCCCCUCGAAAUAUCUCCUCAAGAACUCGUCCAAGUAGAUGUGCCCCCAACACAAACUUGCACACCAAGAAAAGUAAACUUCAAUGUCUCACCUGGGCCCGGCCCAUCGGGCUCGAGGCUAAUUGGAUCAUCCUCAUCAUCAUCCGGGCCCUCGUCAACUAGAGGGAAAUCAUCAAUUAGGAGCUUCCUGCCUAAAUUGAGCUUCAAGAACCGGAGUUCGGUUAAUUCGGAUGUUGAGAAAGGUGCCAAUGGUAGCCUUGACUCGAUUUAUCAUAGUAUUGUCGGGCAAGAUAAGGCCCCGAUAUCAAGAUCGUGGUCAUUUUCGAGAAUUUUUACGCCGAGGAUAAAAAGGGCAUCAUCCUUGCCUUUUGUGAACUUGAAUCCAGACAGUAGUCAUGGUGGAAGUGUGAACAGUCAUACAAAGGAAGUUGCAUGUAUUUCCCGUUCGCUUUCUGUGCCGGUUGUAAGGAAAGAAAAGGGCAUUCAAAGGAUGAAUUCUUUUUUCCGUGUAAUACCCUCGACUCCCAUGGUGAAGGAAGAGGACUCUGAAUUGGCAAUUGCCAUAAAGGAAAAUGAUGAAAACAUUGAGGGUGAUGGUGAAGAUAUACCAGAAGAAGAAGCCGUUUGCCGGAUUUGUUUGGUGGAGCUUUGUGAAGGUGGGGAGACUUUGAAGAUGGAAUGCAGCUGCAAAGGCGAACUGGCUUUGGCUCAUCAAGAAUGUGCCGUUAAAUGGUUCGUCAUCAAGGGUAACAAAACUUGCGAUGUUUGCAAGCAGGAAGUCCGGAAUCUUCCGGUCACUCUUUUACGUAUUCAGAGCACCGCAAAUCGAGAUUCCAGGCCGCGUGUUGCCAGAGAGAUGGAAUUAAACGGAUACAGGCACGUCGUUAUGUUCACUGCACCUUUCUUCCUCUGCAUAAAAAGAUCUUAUAAAACAUCAAAAAAUAUGAUUGUGGUUUGGCAGGAAUUGCCUAUUCUGGUCAUUGUCAGCAUGCUUGCCUACUUUUGUUUCCUCGAGCAGCUUCUAGUUAAGAAAAUGGACACAAGUGCAAUUGCUAUAUCAGUUCCAUUUUCGUGUGCACUAGGCCUCAUCUCAUCUGUCACCUCCUCAACUAUGGUGAAAAGAAGAUUCGUGUGGAUCUAUGCAGCAAUUCAGUUCACCCUUGUGGUUGUCUUUGCUCAUAUCUUCUACGGCCUGGUUCAAGUGCAAGCAGUUGUGUCAAUCCUUCUCUCGACAUUCGCGGGAUUUGGUGUGGCCAUGAGUGGAGCUUCCAUUUUUGUGGAGAUCCUUAGAUGGAGAGAAAGAAACAAUGUUGCCACAAACCCGUCAAAUUCUAGUCCUAGUCGAGCUCCUCCACCAAGCCUAAUACAAACACCGCCCUUAAACAGUCCUUCACGACUUAAUCAAGAUGAAGUUGAAAAUCCAAGAACCUCUUAGUGCAAGUUUAUAUAAACAAAAUUGUCAAUACUGCAUUUUGUGAAGGUCAUGGGAAAUGAAGGUUUUGCUACCAUUCUUAUUUCAUACUUAGGUUGAUGGAAGAGGAAGAGAGUGGAAACACGUGUCAUUAGAAUGAUCGGAAUAUAUUUUUGCAAUUUCCUUUUUCUUUUUUUUUUUUUUUUAGUU